AUGGCAUUUGCUGUUCGUUCGUUGUUCCUCCUUUGCGGCAUCAAUACACUGUUGAAUGGAGUCUGGCCUUUACCUUUGGGUCAUUGGAAAAAUAUUAAAUGUCCUUCAGGCUGGACUCAGUUGGACUGUCACUGUUACAUGUACGAAGCUACUGCAGCGACCUUUGUAGCUGCUGAUGCGGACUGCAUUGAUAAUGGUGGAAAUCUGGUCUCCAUUCACAAUGAUCUGGAAAAUGAAAUCGUCGUUCAACUGAUUGAAGAUGGUGGUGGAACACAAGCCUGGAUUGGACUCCACGAUGCAAUUGUGGAUAAUGACUUCAUAUGGACUGAUGGAUCUAUUCAGGAUUUCCUUAACUUUGAUACGGAUGAUCUGGAGCCCAAUGACACUGGUUCUUGUGUGCUGAUUGAAACAACAGACGCGCUAUGGCAGGAUGAACUCUGUACGGACACAAACCCGUAUGUGUGCAUCAUGGAUGUGUGCCAAGGCGGAGAUCCGAGCUCUCCAGACUGUCCGGGACCUUCAAUGCCUUGAUGGUUAUGCACGGACUUGUCUUAUUUUUCCGACUGUGUUUCUUUUGAGCUUCUUCCCUUUGAUUUUUGACAAGUUCCUGUGGAAUGUUCCUGCUUGUCAUUUGUUUCCUUGUUUCUGGCUGGCGGGUCAACUUCUGGAAGGCACUCACUCUCACACCUGCAGCCGAUCAGCUCAGUUUAAAACCUCUUCUGAUCUGCGAGCAGUCACCAGAUGAUUCCCACCUCCAGAGUGUGCCUCCCAUCCAUCCUCGCUCUACGUGAUCUCCACGAGUCUUUUGCCGCCAACCCCAAGGAUCGAUCAGAUCAUUGAUCGAUCACCUCUCCCUCAUCACCUGCUUCCCAGCCUCACCCACAACUCAGUCAACUCACUGCCACUUUUGCGACUUCUUCGAACCUGGUCACAUGUUCCACAUUGCUGUCAUUAAACACUAACUUUGCUCCUA